GCCAUGACCCACGAGUUCAGAUUCCUUUUGACAGUCUGUCGUCUUCCUCCUCUCAUGUAAUACGUCGUCUCUCUCACCUCCACCGCUUCUAAAUCUCAUCCGGCUGGAUUCCAUGGCUUCCGUCAUUGAAGCUGGUUGGAAGUACUUGAUCACCCAUUUCAGUGACUUUCAGUUGGCAUGCAUCGGUAGCUUUUUUCUUCAUGAAGCUGUCUUCUUCUUAUCAGGACUUCCUUUCAUAUACAUAGAAAGGGCAGGAUGGCUCAAACAGUACAAAAUUCAGACGAAGAAUAACACUGCUGAAGCUCAAGAGAAAUGUAUUACUCGCCUACUGUUGUAUCAUUUUUGCGUGAACCUACCUGUUAUGCUUGCUUCCUAUCCGGUCUUCAGAUUCAUGGGAAUGAGAAGUAGUCUUCCGCUGCCGUCCUGGAAAGUAAUGUCGACUCAGAUACUAUUCUACUUCAUUGUGGAGGAUUUCAUAUUUUACUGGGGACACAGGAUUUUACAUACCAAAUGGCUGUAUAAGCAUGUCCACAGUGUCCAUCACGAGUAUGCAACACCGUUUGGAUUGACUUCUGAAUACGCUCACCCGGCUGAGAUUCUAUUCCUUGGGUUUGCUACAAUUUUCGGUCCAGCUAUCACGGGGCCUCAUCUUAUAACUCUUUGGUUGUGGAUGGUAGUGAGAGUUCUCGAGACAGUUGAGGCACAUUGUGGUUACCAUUUCCCGUGGAGCCCCUCAAACUUUCUGCCUUUGUAUGGAGGUUCUGAUUUUCAUGAUUAUCAUCAUCGGCUCAUCUAUACCAAGUCUGGCAACUACUCAUCAACUUUCAUCUACAUGGACUGGAUAUUUGGUACAGACAAUGGCUACAGAAAACUGAAGGCACUGAAAAGCGAAGAGGUAGCCGAGUUCAAAAUGAGCUAACAGCACCAACAAAAAGUCAGAUUUUGGACCGCCUCGAGUAUGUAUCCCGACUAAGGUAAUCACUCCGAUCCCCCUUUUACCGCUUGCAAUUUGUUCUUUUCUGUUGUAGAAUCUGUUCAAACUUUCUUCCGGAAAUGAGCACACUCGUUUCCCUAAUUUUGAACGUUGUGUUCUUCGUUUGUCUACAUGUCUCUAUGAAGAUCGUCCUUUGUAAGACUUGGUUCUACUCGUUGCUUAUUACGUCAACACAAAUCCAUCCGUGUCCUA